CUACCUAUCUACCUACCUUACAGUACCUACUACCUGGGUACCUUGGGCUCCCUCAGGAAUAAUACCCCGAGAUCAUGCCUUUCAUUGAAGACUCCAUCCCGGUCAACCUCCGAGCGCUUGACCCAAAUAUGUCUCCCCGAGACUUGACUUUGAUAGUCGCUGCGACCAACAGCAUGGGCAUCGGUAGAAGUGGCACGCUCCCGUGGACAGGAUUGAGGAAUGAGAUGGCAUAUUUUGCAAGGGUCACGAAGAGAGCAAAUGCCGGGGUGAGAUGAGGGACACCGAGCAGCAGUUCGCUGGCUAAUUGUGUCUCAGACCAUCAACGCUGUUGUAAUGGGACGCAAAACAUGGGACAGCAUCCCACCA